AGGUGCAUCACAAAAAAGGGAACAUUCAGCCAUUACACUGCGAUGAGGUGUGCCGGAGAUUUUGCAUAGAUUAUCAAGCAAUCAAGAAGCCACUAAAAAUUUCUGGAGUUGCUGAGCACACCUUUGCGCAUAGGUGUCUGGGUGUGGGUGGCUGGAUUCUUUGGGUUCUAUACUGUUCUGGGGUGUAGCUGUAGGUUAUUUUCCAUUACUUUGGGUGUAAUUAGAGGAGUUUCUUUUUGUAUUUAUCCUGAAAAUGACGGCUCAGGUAGACUACCUGGCGGUGUUGUUCACCACCACAUCUGGCGCGAGCGGAGACCUCUUGGGUUCGGACGAGACGGAGCUCGAGCAGUUGGUGUGGCAGCUCGUGGACUUGAAGAACAAAAAGUUGGGAAAGGUGAAUGAGGUGUUAAUAAGGCCUGAGCACUCUGACCUUACAGAAGAUUGUCUGGGGGAGAGAGAGGACAGCGAGGAGUCUGUCUCUACAGUCACAGGCUUGGAGAACGCGCUAAACCAGUUCCAUCUGAGAUUGACCAAUGAGGUGAACAGCUUAGGCGCGGGCACGUCAGUGUGUGUGUGUACGGACGGGCAGCUCCACAUUCGCCAGGUUCUCCACCCCGAAGCUGCGGACAAGAACCUGGCACUGCCAGAAUGUUUCAACUCCUUUUUUGACCUGAGGAAAGAGUUCAGGAAGCACUUCCCCUCUGCAGACACCAAGAGCCUGGAGGUGCAGUACAUGGCAGAAUCUCUCAGUGUAACUGUGGAGCCAGUAGCCAUAUUGGAGCCGCCGACCGUACUGGAUCCAACGGCCAUGUUGGAUCCGACGGCCAUGUUGUCACCGGUCACAGCAGCACUGCAGGUCCAGACCAUGGCCAACAUCGUUCUAGCCCUGCUAUUGGAACCCUUAUGUCACACAUUCUCAAACCCAGAGAGAGUCACUGAGAAGUUUGAAAGUGGCACUUGCAGUAAGAUGGAGCGUGUGUGUGACAACACAGUGAUCAGAGCGAGGGGGUUGCCGUGGCAGUCAUCUGACCAGGACAUCGCUCGCUUCUUCAGAGGACUCAACAUUGCCAAAGGUGGUGCUGCGUUGUGUCUGAACGCCCAGGGUCGGAGGAACGGAGAGGCUAUGGUCCGCUUCAUCAGUGAAGAGCACAGAGACAUGGCCCUGCAGAGACACAAACACCACAUGGGCAACAGAUACAUAGAGGUGUACAAGGCAACAGGAGAGGACUUCCUUAAGAUAGCAGGCGGUACCUCCAGUGAGGUGGCGUUGUUUCUGUCUCGCGAGGACCAGGUGAUUGUCAGGAUGAGAGGUCUUCCCUUCACCGCCACACCUGACCAGGUGCUGGCCUUCUUCUCCCAGGGGGAGGGGCCUAAAGAGGCGUGUCCUGUCAGUGGUGACAAGGAUGGCAUCCUAUUUGUGCGUUUCCCUGAUGGAAGGCCGACAGGCGACGCCUUUGUCCUAUUCGCCAGUGAGGAGCAUGCUCAGUGCGCUCUCAGGAAGCACAAAGACAUCCUGGGAAAGAGAUACAUUGAGCUGUUCAAGAGCACCGCCGCCGAGGUGCAACAGGUGUUGAACAGGUACACGUCAGCCCCUCUGAUCCCCGUGGCUCCAGCCCCCCUGGUGUCAAUGUUGCCCUCUGUGUCUCUGUUGCCCUCUCCUGGUGGUGUGAGGGACUGCCUCAGGCUGAGGGGGCUGCCCUACACCGCCACCAUAGAGGACAUACUGGCCUUCCUAGGAGAAUACACACACGACAUCAGACCACACGGAGUACACAUGGUGGUCAACCAACAGGGUCGUCCGUCAGGGGACUGUUUCAUCCAGAUGCGUUCAGCGGAGCGGGCUUUCUCUGCCUCCCAGCGGGUCCACAAGCAGGUGAUGUCUGGUCCGGGCCAGGCUGGCAAGCGAGGGGUUAACAGCCGCUAUGUGGAGGUGUUCCCCUGUAGCGCUGAAGAGAUGGGUCUGGUGUUGAUGGGAGGCUCCCUCUCACACACACACAUUCACACACACACCCGGACCAGGAGUAGGACAGGGCUCAGCCCGCCGCCAUGUAAGUCCAGACGUCUGUCUCCUCCCUCCUACUCCUUCCCACCCAUCCCUUCCAUCAUGCCGGCUGAGGCUGCCGGCCUCUUCCCUCCCAUUGGGCAGGUGCUGCUGAGUCCACGCCCCCUAGGACCUGGACACGCCUACUACCCAGCUAGCACUCAGCUCUACAUGAACUACACUGCAUACUAUCCCAGUCCCCCAGGUUCUCCCAACACUAUAGGGUACUACCCCUCUCCCACCCCCCUGCCCUCCCCUGGGGGAGUGGUCCGUAUGCAUGGCCUCGCCUAUAAAGAACUGCUCAACACCAUUCAGGGAUACCAGAGUCCUAUGGAGGCAUUGCCUGUACUGAGCAGUAUGAUUGGUCAGUCCAGCAGCGGUGAUGCUCUGAUGCCCUUCCCCCCUCUCCUGACCAAGCAGGGAGGGCACUACCUGGACCUAAACAUGCUGUAGAAGGCUCAAAGAUCCACACACUGGGCCACAUUGGGGUUUCACCCAGAUCUGGAGGGCCACAGUGAAAAGUGGUUAUAUUUCCUUUUUUUAUAUAAGACAUGGCUCUUUAUAUUAAACAUGGCUCUCUCUAUAUUAAACUGUGCCGAAAGUUUGACCUGCCUGCACCACAAUAUCACACAACACACACUCCUGCACCACAAUAUCACACAACACACACUCCUGCACCACAAUAUCACACAACACACACUCCUGCACCACAAUAUCACACAACACACACGUGCGCAUGUGUGUGGACGUGGGGGAAUGUCCUGGCCUCCAGCUCUGAUGUGUGUUCCCUGUCUUGAGUUUUGUGGUAUAUACAGUGUAUAUGCUUGAGAGCAGAAAUGUAUUUUAUAUCAGAGCUUUGCCUCAGCCAAACAGCAGCUCUGUCUUAUAUUGCACAUAGUAUUUUAAAAAAGCUUUCUAGAGAGACGUUCUUAGAUGUUACAACCACUUCAGGAGACGUCUGUUAGAAGUAGAGCUGCGUUUAGUACUAAUUAUUCAUCUGAACCUUUCUUCAUGACUUGCAUGCAUUUGUGUAUGUGUGUAAGUGCUUGUGAAUGUGUGUGUGUGUGUAUAAGUGUGUGGAUGUGUGCGUAAGUGCGUGUGUGAGAGAGAGAGAGGAAUGUGCAUAGUGCACUACUCUCUCUAGAUACUAUAUGUAUAUAUUUUAUUUUAUACUGUCUGUCUAAAAACAUAUUACAUUGUAUUUCUUUAUACUUUCUAUAAUUUUACAAUCCAAUACUAGAACGUUGUAUUAGGAAGCCUCCUGCAUGAAGAAGUUAGUAGUGCUAGCUACACUCAGAUGUUUACAUGUUAUGGAAAAUAUAAAGCACUGCUAACCAAUCAGAUUACUAUACAGAUUAUACUGUAUAUCAACAGCAUAGUGUCUGACAUAAAAGUUACAUGUCAAAUGCUGAAUCACUCCCACACCCCUCCCAUCUAACCUGUUUAUGUUUGCCUAGUUCCACUCCACCCUUGCCUUUUGUAUGUGAUGCCAAGCUGAGCCCAGAGCCAGGAGAUUACUAUUCCUGUUGCCAGUGGUGUAAAGUACUUAAGUAAAAAUACUUUAAAAUACUACUUAAGUAGUUUUUGGGGGUAUCUGUACUUUACUUUACUAUUUAUAUUUUUGACAACUUUUACUUUUACUCCACUACGUUCCUAAAUAAAAGUAUGUACUUUUUACUCCAUACCCAAAAGUACAAGUUACAUUUGGAAUGCUCAGGCAGGACAGUAAUAUGGUCAAUUCACACACCUAUCAAUAUAAGGCGUUGUAAUCCCUACUGCCUCUGAUCUGGCAGACUCACGAAAAUAAAAUAAUGCGUUUGUUAAUGAAUCUACUUUUUUACGACAGUUUAGUAGUUUUUCCACCACUGUACUUAAGGACAUUUAAAACCAGAUACUUUUAGACUUUUACUAAAGUCAUUUUCUAUUAAGGUAUCUUUACUUUUACUCAAGUAUGACAAUUGAGUACUUUUUCCACCACUUCCUAUUGCCUUACCCAGCUCGGUCCCAACUCACUGUGAUGGAGAUUUACCACUGUGCUCUCUGAUUCCUUACUGUAAUGUCACUGUGCCUCCAUCUCAACAGUCUACUUCACUGACAUAAAAGGACAUAUUGUUCUCAACUAUCAUGAGUUUUCAGAUCAGUGCAGACUGAGGGGAGGCAAGGAGAGGACCGCGCUUCAGACUAUUGAAACUCAACCAGUGUGUUUUACUCCCAUGAAGGCCAGAUUAGACAGUAGAGCUAUAAAUGGCCUAUGAUGAUGUAAUACAUUGAUGUCUGCUGUGACUGUGGGUCCCUGGCUGUCCAGGGAACUCUCCUGUGACCACACUGACACUAAUAAAUAGAACAUGUGAAACAA